AUGAGCAAAGGAGAACGUCAUCGCCUGGUGAAAUGGAUAUAUGAGACUUUAAGGGGGAACCGCACAAGCGGGGAAUUCACCGAAGAGGCCAAGAGGAGUGCGCAUUAUAGCCCCGUUAUAGGAAUUGAUGUGACAAAAUCGCCUCUUCUUCUCUUAUACAAUUAUUCAGUCUUGGGAUUUAUUUCUUAUUUCUCUUAUUCCAUACUUCUUCACGCUUUAAGUCCCACACUUGACCUCCACCAUAUAACCAAUCGUCAUAAAUCCAACAACAACAACCUUUCUCUCACCCCACCGCCUUCCUUAAUCGAAAAAAAACAGAGGCACACAAAGGAAAACGAAAAUUCAUCCAAACAGUUCAUCUUUCAAAGUCUAGCCAAGAAACUCAAUUCCACUCCCACCUCCCACCAUCACCCCUGUGCCCGAACAAAAAAUUUUAUGUCGGUGGACGGUGAAUCAUCACGCAUCAACAGGAAUCAUUAUUUGGCUGAUGCAGAAAGCGACUACCUGGAUCACAACAUUCCGCCGUACAACGUUGACGCGCUUAUCAGUAAUCCAUACUUAAAGUGUUUCCUCGAUGACCUCUCAACAAAUGAUGGUUAUAGUUCGGUAGAUAGCUUCAGUAGAAUGCUUUAUUUCGAUGGGGCCGGGUCAUAUGUGAUACCGCACCAUGACGCUCACAUGCAGCAAGCAUCUCAGAGCAUUAUUCGUAUCUUCCAAAUUACUGAGCAAUGGCUCAUUGAAAAAUUAUUCCACAACAGUGAUUCCAUGCCCAUAUUAGAGGAAUCUCCGCAAGAUGCAACCGAUGGAAUCAUGCACAAGUUGAAAGAAGUUUCAUUUGCGCUCAAUGGUUUAUCAAGAGUGCUAAUCAGCAUUAGAGCCGGUCACGUUUACUCACUUCAUAUGAUCGGUGACGAGAUUGUGAUGCCGGAAAGCUAUGAGUCCUUUGCCAAGAGGUUCCCAUUGUUCGUAAAUAUUUCUGUCGACGUGCAAACAUCGCAUCCCUUCAUGACACGCCAUGACAGCCACAACACGUGCAGAGUUCUUGUGGCUGCCGAACGAGUAACCACCUCUCCCGCAGAUGGAAAAGUCUUCUUCCGACUGGGGGAGUUGAUUCUCAAGAUAGCAGUGCGAUCACUCGGUUCUCUUCCAAGCUUACCCAGCCUGCUCGCUGGGAGUCCUAUCAAAUAUUGGAACUUUCGUUGCAAAGUUCCCACGGAGAUAAUCUAUCGGAAUAAUAUUUCUG